UAGAUCAUCAAACCAUACUUAUAUUUUUGUGGUAUUCCCGUCACAAAGCCCUACAAUUAUUAUAAUAUCUCUUCCUCUGUUUAACCUCCUAAAUUCCAAAAACAAUACACGUGUGUUAAUAUGGCGAGAACCGGAGUUCCGUCAAGGUUUCCGGCGGGUCGUAGGAUAUUGAAUUAUGAGAAACCGGGUGGGUUGGAAUUGGAGUACUCGGAUGAGUUAGCGGUGAGUUCUUCGGAUUCUGUGUUUGGGUUUCUAGAAGGUUCGAUUGAAAGUACGACGAGUAAUGAAGGGUGCCAAUUCAAUUGUUUUGAUGAAGAAGAUGAAGAGGAUGAGAAUUCUAGUGAAGAAAAAAAGAUUUUCUGGGAAACUCAACAUAAUCUUUUACAGGCAACAUUGUGUCGUACGACAUCAAUAGAAACAGGGAUAAGAAGGGUGACGAGGGACGCAAUAAAGGAGUUACAAGAACAGGGGCAUUAUUGUAAAUGCAAUAAAUCAGUGACGGGAAUCAAUUGCCGAACGUGUUUAAUGGGAGAGCUUUCAAGGAGAUUACGAAUUGCUGGUUUUAAUUCCGCCAUUUGUCGAACCAAAUGGAGAAGUUCUCCAGAAAUUCCGUCUGGUGAGCAUACAUUUAUUGACGUAAUUGACAACUCAAUCCCCCAGAAGGGGGAAGUAAGGGUGAUAAUAGAACCAAGUUUUAGAUCGAACUUUGAGAUGGCAAGAGCAAGCGACGAUUACAAUCAAUUAAUCAGUCGAUUGCCGGAGGUUUUUGUUGGUAAAGCGGAAAGAUUAAAGACUUUGAUCAAAAUUUUGGGUGGAGCAGCAAAGAAGUGCAUGAAGGACAAGAAAAUGCAUAUGGGACCAUGGAGGAAGCAUAAAUAUAUGCAAGCAAAGUGGUUUAGUACCACUUACGAGCGAUUAGAGGAGGCUAACAUGCCCACUAAUCGCUCUUACUCGACUCAAAUUAGCAAACCCGUUAGAGGGACCUCUAUGCUUACAAUAGCGUUGAUGGAUAAUAUGCCUAUGAAAGCUGUCGCAGUCGUGUGAUGUCUUGUUAUGUUUAGUGUUUGGGCAUAUAAAAGCUAUUUUGCUCGGAUUCUAUAUCUUGGACAUGGGUAAGAUGUCUAGACAAAUUAAUUUGGUUUGAAAUCUCGCAAAUUUUUGUAAGUUAGUCAAGUGAGAUGAAUACUUGAUCAUACGUUCGUGUUUGAUGUCGGAUAUGGGUCAUCCCGAGCAAUAUAGUCUAGAAGCGUAUGCAUAUGAUAUAUCAUGUUUCGACUUUCGAGUUAUGUUUGAGAGAUAAGAAUUAGCUUAAAAGUGUUAAGAAGAGUGUAUAGGAAUUGCGGAAUGUAUUAUUAGUAGGUAGGAAAGAAAUUGUGUAUCAUAUUGGUUUCUUCAUUAGUAUUAUUUUAAGCUUUUUGCCA